AUGUUUUUUUUUGUGGAGGCCCCUUUUCGAAUCUCAUGUCAGAAAGACUAUUGUAGGUACUGUGUAUGUGCAUGGGAUUUACGUCCGAAUCCGUAUAGCGACAACAAAGAAGCGUACAGUCACCUACGGACGUACGGUACCUUCUUCGUAUACUCUGGGUAA